AAAAAGAAGAGCGAGACGAAAACACUCGGACAUAUAUAUAUAUGUGCACGAGCGAAAACGAGAGAAAAACAAAUGCGUCAUAGAGACGCGUGAUGAAUGUACGCAGACACUCUACAUAAUAUAGGCAUCCUGUUUGGUUGCUGUAAUGGAACAUUCGCAUCCAAAGCCCUAACUUCAGUUAGCAGCGGCAGUCCAAAUGGGUUGGCGACUGACGACUUCAAAGGUGACACUAAAAUUGACAUUGCUAUUACAAAUUCUGGAAGCAGCACAAUUCAAACAUUCUUAAAUCCGUGCUAA